CACCAGGGUGCAUCAGCUCGAAGGCUGAUAGGUUUGCCAAGAGGAAACGCGCAUGCUCAGCAUCGUCCAGCGCGUCGCGCAUGGAACAUUUGCCAAGUCCUGCCCUCCUAAACGUUGUCUGACGGGGAGUCGCAACCUGUUCAGAAGUCCUUCAGCCUAUCUACGAAGACACUAUGUCGCUUCUACUCCUCCGAGAACCCACAAAGCGUCAUCUGUGAAUCUUUGUGAUGCUAUCUCGGACAUGGAGCGCACCUUGGAAAGCAUACAUAAGUUUGUAGACGUCGACAAGGUUUCUCAAGCCAUACAACAGACGGAAGCAAUUUUGGAGGACCCCCAACUAUGGAUCACGAAUCCGGCCGGCGCAGCAAAGGUCCAGUCGCAUCUCGCCGACAUGCAGCACAAACUUUCAACUCAACGUCGACUGCGCUCAUCAUUCGACCGCCUACAAGAACUCUCUGGCUUGGCCGAGAAGGCUGGGGACGCCGACCUGCAGUCCGCCGUUCUGCUGGAUCUGCAAGGUCUCCGCCGUGGUGCAGAAGAAUACCUCGUAUCUCUUUGGUUAUCGGACCCUUUGGACCAGAACUCCGCGUACAUCGACAUUCGAGCCAGUUCCAAGGAUCCAGAUGCCUGCGAUUGGGCAUCUACGCUCGCGCGCAUGUACACAAAAUGGGCAAGCUCCAGAAAUUACACUGUAAGAACUGUCGACGUGACACCUGGGGACAUCGCAGGUGUCAAAGCUACCACAAUCUUGGUCGAGGGCCGCUAUGCGUACGGAUAUGUUCAAUACGAAUCCGGCACACACAGCCUCAUUCGCAUAUCGCCGUUCGACAAGACCGGGGUAUGCCACACUUCCUCAGCAGAUGUUCGCGUACUCCCAUGCCUCGAAGACGAUGGAAUUAGCGCCGCUGUCGACCUCAAGCCGGCGGAUCUGCAAAUCACCACCAUGCGCAGCCACAGUAACGAUGAGCCGCACGUUGGUCAGCCAGAGAACGCCGUGCGCGUGGUACACACCCCCACAGGAAUCACUGUAUCCUGCCAGCAGGAGCCCAGUGUGCACCAGAACCGGACGCUUACGCUCUCACUACUAAGAGCCAAGUUACAUGACACGGAGAUACAGAACCAAGCGCAGUCGGCUGCAGCCGCAGACCAUGCGCAACCCGCCGAGUCCUGGGGUCCGCACAUCCGCUCGUAUACUCUGCAGCCGGACCAGCUCGUGAAGGACUUCCGGACAGAAUACACGGUAGCGUCUGCCGCCGCCGUGCAAGCCGUCCUGGAUGGGGACCUCGGCGGCUUUAUGGAGGCUAGCCUGCGCAAGUUCAAGAAGGCAUGAGCCACGCUAGUCUGCGCGAAGGCUGUUCCGGCAUCCCGCUGGACCACGGUGGCGAUUGCCUCAAGCCCGACUAGCUCAAGCUCAGCGAGCGCAACCAUACUCACCUCGCUGGGGGACACGGAGACGGGAAGGCCUUGCGCUGACGCGGCGCGGCGUGGCGCUCCAAACCCUCCUUCUGCCCGGCUCCGCCGCACACAUGGGUUCGAUCUAUCGGCCAAGCGCAAAGUUUGGCCU